AUGGGCGAACUUCGCGGCCAGCGGCUCGUCAUAGCCGUCAGCAUCUUGACAUCGUUAGGUUUCAUGCUUAUCGGCUACGACAAUGGCCUCAUGGGAGGACUAGUCAACUCACCGGCGUUCAACUCGACAUUUGAUUCGCCAGAUCCGACGAUGACGGGCCUUAUUGUUGCCAUUUACGAAAUUGGUUGCUUCAUCGGCUGCAUCGCAACGGCGGGCUUCGGUGAGAACCUGGGCCGCCGGAAGACCAUCGCGAUUGGAUGCGUCAUCAUGGUGGCCGGGGCUAUCGUACAAGCCGCCUCGUACGGACGGGCGCAGCUUAUCGUUGGACGCACCGUCUCGGGCGUCGGCAUGGGCAUCGUUAACUCGACUGUCCCGGUGCUACAGGCCGAGUUCAGUCCCAAGGCCAGCCGCGGAAUCUACGUCUGCGCGCAACUUUCCACCUUGAACUUUGGCAUCUUUUUGAUUUACUGGAUCGACUACGCCUUCUCGUCACACAUCGGGAGCUACGCGUGGAGAGUGCCCGUGAUCAUGCAGUGCAUAUGCCUCGUCCCCAUGUUCAUUCUCCUGCAGAUGAUCCCCGAGACCCCCAGAUGGCUGGCUGCCCACGACAGGUCGGAUGAGUGCCUUGACGUGCUGCGGCGCCUGAAGGGCGACGAGGAGGACGACGAGUCCAUCCAGAUCCUCCACAGCAGCAUCAUGCAGACGGUCUCUUACGAAUCGGCCGUGAGCGCGCACUCGUGGAAGGAUAUCUUUGUUCAGGACCAGAUCAAGAGCCAGAAGCGCUUUCUCAUCGCCUGCGCCAUUCAGGGGUUCCAACAGCUGGGCGGAAUAAACGCCAUCAUCUACUACAGCAGCACGCUUUUCGAAAAGAGUAUCGGGUUCGACAGCCACAUGUCGAGUCUCAUGUCUGGCUUCCUGCAGACGUGGUUCUUCCUCGCUUCAUUCAUCCCAUGGUUCCUGAUUGACCGUGUAGGAAGAAGGCCUCUGCUCUUGUCUAUGAUCAGCCUGAUGGCGGUCGUCAUGGCAGUCCAAGCAGCUCUCAUCUACCAGGUUCAGAAUGCCACCGCAGUCGCCAAAGCCGCCGGAAUCGGCGCUGCGGCCAUGCUGUUCGUUUUCCAAGGCGCCUUCACCAUCGGCUUCCAGGCGACCGUCUGGGUCUAUCCGUCCGAAAUCCUGCCUCUUCAUAUCCGACAAGUGGGCUCUUCCAUUUCCAGCGCCACCAACUGGAUCUUCAACUAUAUGAUUGUGCAAAUCACGCCCAUCUCGAUCGCUAGCAUCGGGUGGAAGACAUACAUCAUCUUUGCGGUUCUAAACGCGGCCUGGGUUCCCAUCAUCUACCUGUUCUUCCCCGAAACCAAGGGCCUGGAGCUGGAGGAUGUAGACCGUCUCUUCUCUGGGGAAGACAUCCUCGACCAGCGGUUCGGGAGCGAGGACAAGGUCGAGGUGUGGGACAUUGAAGAGGUCAGAAGAUGA